CACCUCGUACUCGUGCCCGACGUUCUGGUGGUCAUUUGAUCUAUAUGAGUGCCUAGCACUGCUACUCGGUCCCUCCAAGCUUCAAGGGCCCUCCUAGCUGGAAGCAUCUGCGUUGGUUGCUCGGUUUAGCAAAUCUCCUGACCAUCUUUGAGCCACGAUCAUCAACCUCGUAUGCAGCAUGCCUUCUUUCCGCAACGCAGUCUCAAGCAUGAAGUCGAUGCUCUAUCCUGUCCUUCUGGUCUUGCUCGCCCAGGCAGUACCGGCGUCCACAGCGCGUCGACUCUCUCGGCGAGCAUUGCAAUUGGCUAUUCAGGCUCGUCAAGCGUCCGACGUGGGAACUUCUGGCGAAGCAGAUGCGUGCAGUCUUACCGCCUCGUCGGGAAACAGCGAUGGAUCGACAGGUCAGACCUCGCUGUCUUUGGCAAUCGGAGGCAUCUUUGUCAUCCUGAUCGCUUCUCUGCUGGGCACGCUGAUUCCUCUGGCUUCUAGAGCGCGCCAGUUGUACCUCAUCAAACGCAGAUCGCAAACGCGCAAGGGUGUGUCCAGUACCGCGGACCGGGCAGAUGAGCGCAAUGGGGCAAAGAUGGACCUUGCAGAUAUGUGCUUCUUUGCGUUAAGACACAUUGGCACGGGAGUCAUUCUCAGCACAGCAUUCAUACACUUGCUCUACGAAGCUUUCGAAAGCUUUCAAAGCCCUUGUUUCCCAGAGCUCUCCUUUGAGCCUACUUCGCCAGCAAUAGCUAUGGGAUCUCUCUAUCUCAUCUUUGUCCUGGAUUUCUUUCUGCUUCGAGGUCUCAGACGAAAAGCAGCGGCGAUGAAUGGCGCAGCUGUACCUCCUGGAACGCUAGAUGGAGGAUUGUGCUGCACCGCACCCAGAUUGAGGAUGCCGAUACCUCUGACAGACGAAGAGCUGGCGCGCCCAGAUCCGCCUAGCGGAAAGAGCAAGGGAAUGUCUGGGGCAGAAGAGAACCUCGAUGAGACUGAAGAGAUUGACUCGCAUCAACAAAUCGCCGCAAAAGGGCCUUCUCAUCAAAAGGGCGCCGCAUCGAGUACAGAUCGUGUGCAGCAGCAUCAUGCACCAUUCAAUCAACCGCCUAGUGAUGACGAUGUCUUUAAGAAGCGGUCUGGCCCGCACGCGCACGAUGAAGCUGCAUCGGCAUCAAACUCGGACUUGGAUGCAGCGCGCGCGCACGCAAAAGUGGCCAAGUUCGAAGUGAUAGCUCUAGAAGCGGGCAUCAUCUUUCACUCGGUCAUCAUUGGCGUAUCGCUCGGAGCGUCGAGCGGAGACACAUUCGUCACUCUGCUCAUCGCAAUGACUUUUCAUCAAAUGUUCGAAGGCUUGGCCUUGGGCGGACGCAUAGCUUUGCUGGAUGGACGAUUUGUUCGACUUCCUUUCAAGCUCCUCAUGGCUAUCGCUUACUCACUGACCACUCCGACAGGCAUGGCAAUCGGGCUUGGCAUUCGAGGAUCCUUUUCCGAAACCGCUAGCACAUCUGCCUUGGCCAUCGGCAUCUUGAACUCCAUCUCCGCUGGCAUUCUCCUCUUCACCGCAAUGGAGCUCAUGAUUGCCGACUUUGUCUUUGGUCCUCUGAGGGAUGCACCAGCCGUUCAAGGCGCCGCUGCCGCCAUCUCGCUCGCGGUGGGCGCCGCUGGCAUGGCCGUCGUCGGCAAUUGGGCUUAGUCAGAGACACAGCAAAUUUCUGAUGCUUUCGCGCUCCCC